AUGACCAGAGCUCGUGUCGAACCGCCGGAGAAGACGACGCCGCACGCGCGCUCAGCGCCACCAAACACGACUCUGGCGAAACGUCCGCGUCUCGAACCCGUUGCAGCCGGUGCCGCAGCGUCUCGUCGUCCCUGUGCCUCCUCCUCCUCCAUCCGUCGCGUCUUGGACGUGAAUCUCGUGCUGCCUCGACUCGUGGCACUGCUGGACGUGGCUUCGGUGGCCCAUUUCCUCGAAGUGUUGGCAGUGGACGAGACGUGGCGCGACGUGUUGACGAUCGACACGUUGUGGCACGAGCUGCUGACAGUGCGCUUUGCAGGGAAAGCGCCAGCAGUGGAACUCUUUGGUGACGACGACCGCGGGACGGGUGAAGACGAAGAAGAAGAAGAAGAAGGAGAAGGAGAAGAAGGAGAAGGAGAAGAAGGAGGAGGAGGAGAAGGAGACGGUGGAAACAUGUUGGAAGACGGAGACGAAGACGAAGAGGAGGAGGUGGAGGAGGAGGUGGAAGAUGGAGAUCGAAUGGUUCUCGUGGAGGUGCUGCAGAGCGACGAAGAGACAGGAAACGAUGAUGACGCUGUUGUGGGCGACAACGUCGAUGUCAAUGACGACGAAAAUGACGGACUGUAUCGUCGCUCUCGUCGUGCUGCGUCUGGCAGUACUGCGUCAGUGGGUGAGGGUACACAGGGAGAGAUGGGCUGUUUGAGGGACUCGACGGAACAGGUGGUGCCAAGCACGUGGGCCGCGAAUGUACCGAGUCCGACGGUGUUGGCGGUAGCUUGUCCCGACCUGAAGGAGUAUUUGCGCUCGGCAGAGCAAUGGGUGAAGUUUAACGCGCGCGUGCGGAUCAUCAGGGGAGAUAUUGGAGAGAUUACAAUGGUCGAAGGGCAAGCACUGGACGGUCUAGCGUUCCCGACUGCAGCGUUUCUCCGAAACCCCCACUCGGGUGCUGCUGCCGCAGUGUUCCGACGAGCAGGAAAAGGACUGAGCGACCAUGUUCGCUCGCUGGAUGUCCGACUCGACGUUGGGCAAGUGCACGUCACGCCGGGUUUUGACACAGGUGUGGCCAAACUUAUCCAUGUGGUAGGUCCAAGUGGGUUCAAUCCACAAUGUUUCAGAGAUUUACAACGAACGUAUCGGAGUGUACUGCGAUACAUUCAGACGGAACAUCUGAGCUGUGUGGCCAUGGCAUCGAUCUCUACCGGUAACAUGGGCAUGCCAAUUGACAAGUCCGCGUGGUUUGCGUUGUGCUCUAUUCAGCGCUACAUGCGUUCUACAGACUGGACGGCGACUAUCGCCAUUGUGUGCUUCGAAGCGGACGUGUACGCCGCUUUCGUACGAAACAAAGCCAAGCUACUAGCGCAAUUCAACGCGGAUACCGUGCGUGCGACACCUCCGCUGUGGAACCAGUAA